CAAUUACAUCAAUAUCAUGAUGCAUUGAAGGAUGCUAAGAAAGAAUUGGAAUCUAAGAAAGAAAUUGAAAGACUUUCUAUUCAAGAAGAUGCUAAAAUUUUAAAAAAGUUAGCUUAUAAUAAACUUGAAGAAUUAUAUGGGCGGCUUGAAGAUGACUUUCAGUUAAAUGUAGUUGUUAUGAUCCAAGAUGAUGAAUGCAAUGAAAAACAAAAAGAACAAGGAAUGGAUAAAGAUAUCGAGUUCGAGGAAUUCUUUUCAAAGUAUUCUGAAAUUCAAACACAGGCAUCAAAUAAUGAAAAAUUAGACACCAAUGAAGUAAAUGAAGCUAUUUGGAAAACAUUUUAUAACUUGUUAAAGAAUCCGUCGUUACUUUCAAGUUUACAAAUUUAUAAAGAUUAUUUUAAACAUCUGGGACUAAAAUCAUUAUUGAGUUUGCAUAAAUUUACUUUUGAAAUGAAUGAUAAUCAAAUUAAUGAAUAUGAUAAGCAAUCAAUCCUUUCUAAUUUAAAAGAUUCUGAUUCAGCAAUAAUUGACAAGUUAUUUGAUCAAGAAUUUUGUCCAAAUAAUUUAGAACUUAGAGAAUCAAUUAUAAAACUUUUCCGGGAUAAAUAUAACCAAUGGAAGAAUAAUAUCUUUUUAAAUGAUAUUGACAAAAUUGAACCAAAAUGGUCAGAUUAUAAGAAUAAAGUAACGGAAAACCUAAGAGUAGAACAUGAAAAAUUUAAGAGUAAUCUCGAAAGAAAUGCAUUCGAAAUAUUGAGCGCUUUAAUUGAAGCUAAAUUUCCUGAUGGUCCUUUAUUUAAGAUUAUAGAUAUAAGUAGUAAUUCAUUUACGAUAUUUCCGAAUUUUACGAUAAAUUAUGAGCUUGAUACUGUCCAACCAGCAAGAUUACAAAUAACGAUUUAUGAAACUAUGCUUGAACAAGAAGAUUGCUUGAAAAUUCAAGAAGAUGAAUUUCAUAUUCCCAAACCUAAAUUAUCAACUCCUGCCAAUGGACAAUAUGAUUUAACGACGUCGAUUGUAAUUGACAAUCCAAAAAUAUUUCGAACUUUACAAACAGGUAAAGACUGUCUUAUUGCAAUAAAUGAAUCAAAAGGGUUAAUUGGGAUAUAUGAUUUUAACCAUGGCAAGCUUAAUGUAUUUACCUUUGACGAGGAUCAAUUACAUUUAUAUCCACGUAAUUUAAAUAUUCAAAUCUUAGGAUGGUAUAAUAAUUCGGUUCCAGAUAUACAACAUUUUUUGUUUAUUAAGGAUACUGAAGAGCUAUGUUUUGUUGAAAAAAGUGGUCGUGCUAGAAUUUACAACCUUGUUAAUGGUCAAUUUCGAGCGGGGGUUUCUCAAUUUCCUUCUGAAUCCAUCGCAAUUUUAAGUUCACCUGAUGGUGCUUGUAUUGUUGCUUUUGUAAAAGAGCAAAAAAAAUCAAUCAAAUCAUUGGGUGAUGAAGGCGGCUAUAUAUCUAAUGAUCAAGAAAACAAUCAACUUUCAUCGAAAACUUUUGAAUCACCUAAAAAAAUCGUUAAGGCAUAUAUAUAUUUUUGUGCUGAAUUUGGAAAACCGGCAAGUAAAGUUAUUGAUAUGCCGCACAAUAUGCAAUCUUCGGAAUUUUUUCAAUUUUCUAUUUUACAUAAACGCCAAAUUCAUCUUACAACAUUUGAUAUAAAUAGUGGCAUAUUUCAUUCCGUAAUAAUUAAGAUAACACUUGAAAAAACGCAAUAUCGAUUUCAACAACUGUCUCGUAAAAAAUCACUUGGACAAGUUAAAUUUGAAUCUAUAACGGCUGAUAAAAAUUUUGAUGAAUCAAUAAUAAUUGGUAAUAAAACUAAUUUUACUAAAGACUUUAAAGGAGGAGAAAAUAUUGUUAUUAUGGGCGAAAGACAUAGGGUUUCUGAAGUAAUUUCUGAUGAACGAUUAAAAUUGGCUGGAAAUAUUUCUUACAUUUUGGGUAUCGAAUCAUGGCAAGAUUUUCGUAUUGAACCGAAAGCAAAACUUAAUGGGUUUAUAGAUUCAUAUAAAUUAAUGUUUGAAAAGUAUCCAAUCGAUAGUUGUAUUGAUAUUGAACAAAAUAAACCACUUAGUUUACAUAUAGUUUUGGAUAUUUUACAUGAUAAAGAUAUAGAAGAAUAUAGUACGAAAUUUGAGGACUACAUUUUAGAAAUGUUCAAAGAUCUAAAAAGAGAAACUAACAAGCCACAAACAAUUUUGAAAAAAUUCUCGAUAUUUGUGACAACUUUUCAGGAGCUUGAUAUCGUAAAUUUAAUACACGCAAAGAGAAAGAGGAUUGCAAAUAUUCAACUUGGUGAAUGGAUCAUACAGUUAUCAUGUUUAAUUCCGAUUCAAAUUGCCGUAGCGAAAAAUAAUCAAUUCCAACCAUUGCGUGAUGGUCUAUCAGAAAAUGGUAGAUUGGGAUUUGAUGAUGGUUAUCGUCCUGUAGAUAGUAUCGCGCGUAACAUUUCUUUUGGAUGGUAUGAGGGGAUCCUUAAAUAUUUUGGAGAUCGACAAGUUAAAGUAGUUUCAAGUAUGGGUGAGCAGUCUUGUGGAAAAUCAUAUUUACUAAACCAUCUUGUUGGAUCUACAUUCGAUGGUUCUGCUAUGCGUUGUACUGAAGGAGUAUGGAUGUCAUUAGUUAUUACUAAAAAAUUCAUUUAUGUCGCACUGGAUUUUGAAGGAUUAAAAUCCUUGGAAAGAACUCCACAAGAAGACUUGUUUUUGACUUUACUAAACACAAUCAAUCAAUUUGCUAUUAAUCGAGAUUUGUCGUCGAUGUUCCAAAGAUUUCAAGAUGGUGCAACUUUGUUUGAAGCGGAUUCAAAGAUCUUUCAGGCAAUGAAACUAAGGAGUGAUAUUGUUAGAGAAUUUUAUUCCCGAUUUGAACAAUUAGUAACAGAGGAAGGUGAAGAUAAUUUUAUCACUAAAAUGUACAAGGGUGGAUUAAAUAUUAUGCCAUGGCCAAUUUUUAACGAUGCUGCUUGGUUUAAAGCACUUGCUGAAGUUAAGAGCAUCCUUGAUGAACAAGAAACAAAAUAUGUAAAUGCUCGAAUCUUUUUACAAAAUAUUAAAGUAAUUAUGGCAAAAUUGAAAGUAUGUGAUUGGGGUUCAUUGGAUGAGAACUUGGUACAAAAUAGAGUAUCAACAUUAAAACGAUUACUUUACAAUGCUGUGUUUUGGGGUAUUGAACAAAAAAAUCUAACUGUUGAACAUUUAAUAAAUCGUGACUCAGGAAAGGACAUAGACGAUCCAAUAAUAUGUAUUUCGGAAAUAUUUGAUGAUUUAAGAGAGAAAGAAGCAGAAUUAAUGCUUGAUUCCGAACUUAUUCUAUUUGAAGAAAAUACAAAUUUUAUUCAUCUUUCAACCGAUUUGAGAACAUAUUUUGAGGAUAAAAUUCAACUACGCAAACUAAGUUCUAAUGAUGCAGAAUGGUUCAAGUCCCUGGUAAAGUUUUUCAAAUAUAUUAUUGAUCGAAGAAUAGUACGUGUACAAGAAUGGUUCAAACAAAAUACCAUUAGAUUUCCACAAGAUAAUAGUGAUAUAGUCAUCGCAAAAUAUACCUUGGAGCAAGAAAUCAGCAAACUUACAAAUUUUUGGACAUUAUGUGGAUUAACUUGUCAGACUUGCGGAAAACAUGCAUGCAAUAAAGCUAACCAUUUAUGUGGAAAUCGCUGUAGUCUUAGUGAAAAACGAAAUUGUCAAAAGAUUUGUGCAAAAGAAAUUGGACAUAAAGGCGAUAAUCAUCUUUGUCAAUCUAGUCGACAUAAUUGUGGUGAACCUUGCAGUCUUAAUACUCAUACAAUUAAAGGAGGUUAUCAAUGCUCAAACAAAUGCAUUAUGCCACAUGAAGUGGAACACUAUAUACAUAAAUGUGAAAAUGAGACGUGUCCAAUUCAAUGUCCUAUCAAAGAUUGUCAACGAAGAUGUCAAAGCAAUAAUCAUUUUCAUGCUUUAUCAGGCGUAAACCAUUUUUGCGGAAAUGAGCAUCAUUGUCUCAAAGACUGUGAUCAACCUGGUAUCUGUAAAGUACAUAUAGAACCUCAAAAGCAAAAAGAAAUAUACCAAGGAUUAGUCCAAGACACAUCAAUUGCAUUCACAAAGUAUAUACAAUUAAGUGAAAAAUUAAAGUGUAAUAAAAAGAUUCCUCCCAACGAAUUUGAGCAUGAUGGUCCGCAUAUUCAUGACAACUUUCAUUUUUGUGAUGUUAAAUGUCCAUUCUGUGAAUAUUAUUGUACAUUACCUUAUGGGCACACACAAAAACACGAAACUAAACAUGGAAACAUGAUUCAGACAGAAUUUACUUCUGAAAAUGAUGAAUUUGAAUAUGGAGGAUAUAAACUACGAAUAGGGGAUAAAGGAACCUUUUUAUUAUGUAAUCUGGUUUGUAAGGAAUUAGGUCGUCAUCGGCAUAUAGAUUAUUGCCAAAAUGAAGAAACUUGUAAAUUAGGAAAUCAAGGACAAGAUAUAAAACAUAUUGAUGGUGAAAUCAGUCCUAAUCCAGAAAUAAAAAAGGAUUUUGUAUCUCAUCGUUUAUUUUGGGAACAUCCUUAUUCAUCUCAAGAAUUACAGGAAUUUGCUAAAUGCGAUCAUGAAUGCCAAGAUGAAGUUCAUAACAAGCCACAGGAUACUAGUAAUGCAACAUUAUUUGCAAAAUCUUAUUGUGAAUUACCACUUUUCCAUCCUCCUUUAAAGGUAACCUCGCCUCUUUCGAAUAAUUUGGGUUAUAUUUCACUUGAUGGACAUCAUUUCACUUGUGAGAAUCCAAGUACGCGAGUAGCUGCUUUCCAUAUUAUAUUUGUAUUAGAUCGUUCAAGUUCAAUGAGCAAAAUAGAUAGAAAACCCAUUGAAAAUACUCCUAUUUGUGAAUUUUUAAAGAGAAACCAUAAUAAUAGACUUGGGGCUGUAUAUAAUGCGGUCUAUUCUUUUCUUCACACCCGUUUACAAACGAUACCUAAAUCGUCUCGUGUUCAAGAUGCAAUCUCAAUUAUUCUUUUUGAUGAACAAGCAGUCGCACCUUAUGUAAAUCAAAGCUUAACGGAUUCAAAUAUCAUAAUAAAUAAUUUAGUUCAAUAUUUUCCAAGUAUAGGGACUAAUUUUGAUUCAGCUAUAGAAAAAGCUGGACAGAUAAUUGACACGAAUUUUGAUCCCACAAAAGCGAAUAUUAUUAUUUUCUUAUCAGAUGGAGGAUGCGCUAUUCCUGAAUCAAGACUUAAAAACAUUUGUAAACAUAAUCAGAACAAAAAGUCACCAUUAUAUCUUUAUACAGUGCUCUUUAGCAGUAGAACUCACAGUUCGUCAUUAGAACAAAUGGCCGAGAUUGCGCAAUCCUAUCAUCCUCCAAAUUCUUCGUCCGUUGCUUUACGUUGUCAAUUUACUCGUGCUAUUGAUGAAGUUAAAUUAGUUGAUCAUUUUACUUGUGUUGCAGCAAGUUUGAGAAAACAUAAACCGGCUUUAUUAAAGAACUCGGUUUUGUAA